UCAUUUUGGAGUCGGAGUUGUUGCAGGACGGUGUGAUCCAUUAAAGCUGAGAAAAUAGAAAAUCAAGAAAAGGCUACAACAACUUUGUAACAUUUGUAACUUUUUUUAAUAACCAACAACUAUACAAUAAGACUACCACUGUACAUGGAAAUUUAUCACUGCAAGAAAACACAAGAAUAAUAUUAUGUAUCAUUCUACAGUAAACAGCAUACAUCUCAUCAGUAAAAAUGGCAGAAACUAAUCAGCCUGGGAAAAUUUUUAUAGGAGGCCUCAACAUAAAGACCAGACAAAAGACUCUUCAAGAAAUAUUUGGGAGAUUUGGACCAGUAGCACGUGUUAUUUUGAUGAGAGAUCGUGAAACUAAGAAGUCUAGAGGCUUUGCUUUCCUUACUUUCCGACGCCUUGCAGAUGCUAAGAAUGCUGUCAAAGAAAUGAAUGGAGUGAUUUUGGAUGGAAAAAGAAUUAAAGUAAAACAAGCCAGGAGACCAUCAUCACUUGAAAGUGGUAGCAAGAAGAGACCACCAUCCUUUUCAAGAACCAGAGGUGCUUCAAGAAUUCUGAAAUGUGGAAGAGGAGGAAGAAGCAGAGCAAGAAGUGGUCCUUCAUGUGAAGGGAACUUGGGUGGUGAUAGAUAUACUCCUAAUUUCAAUGUGAGUUCUUCUGGGAGACACUUUGCAGUUAAAAGAAAUCCAUCUUCAAAAAGGGAUGAUCCCCCUUCUAAAAGAUCUGCAACUUCUGCUCAGACAAGAAGCAAUACUGGACUAAGAGGACGAGAACCACAUCGAAGAGAGAUUUCUAGAAAUAUGCCAAGAGGAGAGCCGGCGUCUUCCAGAAGAGAUGAGUAUCCAUUACCAAGGGAUUAUGGCCAGUCUUCUAAUGAUAGGAAAUAUGAAUCAACAUCCAGAGGAUACUGUGACUAUGGCAAUUACCACUCUCGGGAAGAAAGUGCAUCUAAAGUCUUCAGUGAUCAUGCUGGCUAUCUUGGAGGACGUGAUAGAGAUUUCUCUGAAUAUUUAAGUGGAAAUUCAUACAGAGAUACAUACAGAAGUUAUGGAAGAUUCCAUGAGGCACCAUCUGCAAGAGGUGGAAACAACCGCUAUGAUGACUAUAGUAACUCACAAGAUGGAUAUGGUGGAAGAGGAGAACCAUACAUAAGCAACCGAAGUAACAUAUACUCAAGUGACUAUGAACGUAGUGGUAGACAAGAAGUGCUUCCACCACCUAUUGAUAGGGAAUACUUUGACCGUGAGGGCAGACAGGAAAGAGGGCAUUCACCUAAGGAUGGGCUGUAUAGUGCAUCUCGUGAAUCAUACAGUAGUAAUACCAAGAUUUGGGGGAUCCCAUGGAGGUCGUGGAGAAAGCAGAUAUAAAGUGGAGGCAGGUACUAAAGUCUUAAGUUGUGUACCAAACAGCAUUUCUAAGAAGAAAAAUAAGAUGUUAUUCCUAUGUUCUCCAAAUGUUAAAAGAAAUAUGUUGAUUUAGGAGAUAAGGCAAAUAGUAAGUUUUACUGCCUUACCCGAAUACGGAAAUACAUUGUUUUGGGGGGAAGUGAAAUAAUGACUAACAUUCCACCCAUGAAUUCUUCUAGAACAUAAAACAAGGAAACUUUAACUGUUCAGAAAUGAUUCUUUGUUAAGAAAGACUUGUUAAUGUUAAAGUAGAAUUUACCAGUAGAGAUGAAGUAUUUGCAUAGUCAAAAACAAUCUGUCAAUAAAAAGUAAAGCAAAGCCA